AUGCUGUAUUGGCUGAAGGAAGAAGAGAUGUCUCAUCAGGAGCUGACCCAGAGGCUGUCCACAGUCAUCACCCAUGUCGAUGAAAUUAUGCAGCAAGAGAUCAGGCCGCUGCUCGCUGUCGAUAUCAUGGAACAGCUACACAGACAGUUUGCUACUUUGCCAGGAGGCAGAGGAAAGGAUGGAGCACCCAUUAUUUCCUUCCCUGAAUAUCCUAACUUCACAGAGAUUCCUGAUGAUGAUUUUCUGAAUGUUGUUACCUAUUUAACAAGCAUCCCAAGUCUUGAAGCUGCCAGCAUUGGGUUUAUCAUCAUUAUAGACAGACGGAAGGAUAAAUGGAGCUCAGUAAAAGCAUCACUCACUCGUAUAGCUGGAGCCUUCCCAGGGAAUCUGCAGUUGGUUUUUGUUUUGCGCCCAUCUCGCUUUAUACAAAGGACUAUUGCAGACAUUGGAAUUAAAUUCUACAGAGAUGACUUUAAAAUGAAGGUACCGAUAAUUAUGAUAAAUUCUGUUUCGGAUCUUCUUGGAUACAUUGAAAAAAGUCAGUUAACUAAUGAACUGGGAGGUACAUUGGAAUAUAGCCAUGGACAAUGGAUACAGCACAGAACGGCCAUUGAGAGCUUUGCUCAAGUUGUAAAAACUACAGCCCAGAAUUUGCAGACGUUUGGGACCAGCCUGGCAGAGACAGAACUCCCCAAUGAUGUCAUCUGCACAGAGGAGCUGCUCAUAUCACAUACAGAGCAUCAGAGGAAACUCAAAGAUGAUUUAAAGCUAGCAGUGCAACAAGGUGGGACUCUGCUCUCAUGUAUAAAGGAGCCAGUGUCCAAAGACCCAAACUGCAAACUGACUCCGGAUGAACUAGAAAACAUGGCUACUGUUGAAAGGUUACUGGCUCAGUUGGAUGAAACGGAAAAAGCUUUCGGACAGUUUUGGAGCCGCCAUCAUCUGAAAUUAGAACAGUGCUUGCAGCUGCGACACUUUGAGCAUGAUUUCAGAGAGCUGAAGCUUACACUGGAUUCCCUGAUGGAUGCUCAGGCUUCCUUUACAAACAUUGGAGACAGCGUGUCAAGAGUGGAACAGCUUCUCAAAGAGUUAAAGCAACAGGAGGAGAAAGGACAGGGCAUCCUGGAGAAAGCCCAGCUUCAUGCUCUUCAUGGAGACCAGCUAAUACAAAAUAACCACUAUGCUGUGGACUCCAUUAGACCAAAAUGCAUAGAGCUGAGGCGCAUCUGUGAUGACUUCACCAAUGAAACCAAGAAAAAGUACGACAUACUGGGAAAAUCAUUGGAGCUGCACCAGCAACUUGAUAAGGCUAACCAGUGGUGUGAAGAUGGAAUCUACCUGCUAGCCUCUCAAGCAGUGGAUAAAUGUCAGUCGCAGGAUGGUGCAGAGUCAGCUCUACGAGACAUUGAAAAAUUCAUUGGUAGUUCAAAGGUGCACCUGCUGUCCAAUCCUACUGACUUUUAUCACAAGUAUGAAGUCAUCCUCACUGCUGAAAUAAAGGCAAGUUCUCAGAAAGUACUACAGAAGUUGGCUGAUGUUCAGGAAAUGUUUGAGAAGAGACAAGCAAGCUUGAAGAAGCUGGCAGCCAAACAGACAAGACCUGUCCAGCCAGUGGCGCCACAUCCAGAGUCAUCUCCAAAAAGAUCAUCUCCUAAAACGGCUAGGCCAACAUCUUUGGCUACUACUCGAAGAGCUCCAGACAUACCCGCUCCACCUCCAAAGUCACUGUCUGAAGCGGAUCUGUCCAGAAAACGAAACAACAAAAAGGCAAAAGGUGGUAUAAAGAUUGAAGUCAUGCAUGAAGCAAGUCAAGGAGGAACAAGCCGAUCCCUGGUGAUGAGUGAAAGUGAGGAGAACCUCUGCACUAGAAAAAGCCAUAUUAUAAAUGAACUGAUUGAAACAGAACGUGUUUAUGUAGAGGAGCUUCAAAGUAUUAUUGAGGGGUAUGUAUCAUCGUUGGACAAUCCUGACAUGAAUCCUUUGAUUCCUGUGGUUUUACAAAACAACAAAGAUGUCCUUUUUGGAAACCUUCCUGAAAUCUAUGAAUUCCAUAAAAGAACCUUUUUAAAAGAGCUGGAAAAGUGCAUUGAAGAUGCAGAUUCUCUUGGAAGAUGCUUUUUAAAAAGGAAGGAAGACCUUCAAAUUUAUGAAAAAUAUUGCCAAAAUAAGCCAAGAUCUGAAGCCCUGUGGAGACAGUGUGCUGAAAGUAUUUUCUUUCAGGAAUGUAAAAGGAGACUGGAUCACAAACUUUCUUUAGAUGCUUAUCUCUUAAAACCGGUUCAGAGAAUCACCAAGUAUCAGUUGCUUUUAAAGGAAAUGCUGAAGUGUAGCAAGAAUUCAGAAGGGACAGCUGAGUUAGAAGAAGCCCUCGCAACUGUGUUGGAUAUAAUAAAAUCUGUGAAUGACUCUAUGCACCAAAUAGCUAUUACUGGAUAUGAGGGGGAUCUAAGAGAGCUUGGGAAGCUGCUUAUGCAGGGCUCGUUUAAUGUGUGGACUGAUCACAAGAAAGGCCAUAAUAAAGUAAAAGAUCUAGCCAGAUUCAAGCCCAUGCAAAGGCAUCUCUUUCUGUAUGCUAAAACUCUUCUCUUCUGCAAGAAAAGGGAGGAGAGCACAGAAGGACAUGAGAAAUCUCCUUCCUACAGCUUCAAGCAUGCAUUGAAGAUGAGUUCUGUUGGUAUCACUGAAAAUGUAAAAGGAGAUAACAAGAAGUUUGAAGUUUGGUUUAAUGGCAGAGAAGAAGUGUACAUUAUACAGGCAUCAACUGUUGAAUUGAAAAGUCUUUGGGUGUCUCAAAUUCGAAAAGUUUUGACUGGACAGCUUGAAGCAUGCAGAGAGGCAAGCCAAUUACACCAGAGGAUCACAGAGAGUGUGUACCAUGCUCCUAUGAAUUCUAAUAUUGGCAGGCCAAAUAAAACGUCAUUAAACAAUCAAAACAAGGCAGAAUCCGCCAACAAUAAUAACAAGAACAGAACUUCAAGUCCAGUUGGGAGACAAGCGAAAGAAUCUAAGGAGAAAGAAGUUGCUCGUCGCUUUUCAUUAGCUUCUUCUAUCAGUUCAACAGCUAUUAAAGUUCCAGCUCGCACAAAAGGUCCACUUGGUCCAGAUGUUAAAGCAAAAAGACAUGAAAUUAAGAGUGACCCAACACCACUGGGUCUCGAAGAUUGGCCAAAGCAUCUUAAUUCUCUUGAAACAUAUGAAGAUUUUUCUGCUAUUCCAUCGAGUAAUGAUGAACUUUCAAAUUCUGAUAUUGAUGAAGAAACCACUACAACCAAAGUUUCCAGCCUUUUCUGUGUUGAAAGUAGCUUUGAGACAUGCUCACCAACAGCCUUUUCCCUUCGACCAGGGGACGUAGUACAGUUUCAGCAAUGUGGAGAGAAUGGACAGUGGUUAGUGAAAGAGAUUGUUUCAAAACAAAAAGCCUGGGUACCAUCCAGUAUAUUGAUACCGAAAGCAUCUGCCAACGUCUGUCUGAAAGAUAACAGUGCAGAUUACAGUGACACGAAUCAGAUGACAGCAGUUUCUACCAAUAUGAAAGAGAAGCAGAAUGAACAUAAAAGAAGUCUUGUGGCAGAGCAGAAGGCUGUAAGUUGAACUUGGGUGAGCUGCAUCUUUCUAAUCCAGUGAGCUACAAUGCCACCAACAUUGCCUCACCCGUCAUGGAGCUACAGAUAAAUGGCUUGAAGUUGCUGAGUAGCUGUGAGAAGAUCUGCAGGAGCGCUUCUUCCCUACAAAUGGCCUAUAUUAGGCUUACAGCAGAGAGAAAUCUGAACUAUGCACGUGGCUCUGUGCAGCUUCUUGGCCUCCUCCAUUGACAGACUAUUUUAUUUGUAUACUGUGAUCAUUUCCUAUCGACUUGAUUUACAUAGCUUGUUAAAUGCACAGAUCAAAGCUUUACUGCAGGAAUAACUAAAGAAGCACCUUCCAAAAAUGUCUAC